GACUAUAUCAGAGCCAACAAUUUGCAAAGACUGUCUGCAUGUGCGUGCAUUGACUACACGUGCAUUGACUACACUACACGUACACAGUAUACCCUGUCUGGUCUAGUACAUCACAGGUCGUGAACUUUGUUCGGUUUUAUGUGUAUUUUUUGGGCCAAAUUAUCGGACAAAAUCCUUUCCAAGACAUCAAACAAUUUUGACUGGUGAAACAUGUCUCUUCUCCAGAACAUGUCAUGGUUCCUAGACGUUCGCACCGUGUUGGUGUGUAUGGUUGUCCUUCUUGCUCUACGCUGGUUCUUGGGGCGACCUAAGAACCUUCCUCCGGGCCCCUGGGGAUUCCCACUCAUCGGUUCCGUUCCGGCCAUUGUACGUGAGAUACGACGAGGCGUGGAACCCCACGAUAUCUUCAUGAGGUAUGCUGCCAAGUACGGGCCCAUGUUUCGUCUGAAAGUCUUCAACAAGACAGUGGUUGUCCUCAAUGACUUCGCCUCCGUGAAGGAAGCUUUCCAACAUCCUCAACUGCAGGACCGACCUAAAGUGCUUUUCACCGAGCUCUUUGACACUGAAGGUGUAGCAGCGGCCUCUGGUGAAAAAUGGAUCGAGCUUCGUCGUUUCUGCUUGACUGUCCUCAGGAGCUUUGGAGUGGGCAAAACGAGCUUCGAGGAGAAGAUCGGAACUGAAGCUGAGGAACUGAUGAAGGAGAUGUCUGCUUUCAACGGAAAGCCCUUUGACCCCAAACCGCUGCUUGGUAAUGCAGUAUCCAACGUCAUCUGUUCUGUCAUUUUCGGGAAGCGCUACGAAUACACAGAUGGAGAGUUUAAGAAGCUUCUGUCCAUGUUGGGAGAAAACGUCAAGUUGUUGGGAUCUGGCGGUGCAUUGGUUUUCUUCCCAGCUCUGCGUCAUGUGCCAUUCAUGUCGACUGACAAGUUGGUAGCGAAUAUUAAGGCUAUACUGACAUUCCUAAUAAAUAACAUUGACAACCAUCGUGCCGCCUUUGACACCGACAAUCUGAACGAUUUCAUCGAUGUAUACCUGAUGGAAAUGAAGAACAAUCAAACAAAACUUAGAAAAGGUAAUGAAAGCAAACAUGGUCAUAUCACUGAACACAGUUUUGCUGGAACCGUUGCGAACCUCUUCGCUGCUGGUUCUGAGACCACAGCCACUACGCUCCAGUGGGCCCUCCUGUACAUGACUGUCUACCCCGAUAUCCAGCAGCGAGUCCAGGCCGAGAUCGACGCCGUGGUCGGUCGCAACCGGCUGCCCAGGAUGGCCGACAAACCCGAACUGAACUUCACUCGAGCCGUCAUCUGGGAGGUUCAACGCUUGAGUCUGGUAGUACCGUUGGGUGUUGCACAUGCUGCUGCCUCAGACACCCAGUUCCAUGGCUCCAUGAUUCCCAAGGGUGCACUCCUUGUCCCCAACUUGUGGGCGGUGGCCCAUGACCCCAAAGUAUGGUCCGAUCCCGAUCAGUUCCAACCCGAGAGAUUCCUCAACGACAAGGGAGAGGCAGUUCAGGCUGAGGAGUUGAUACCGUUUAGCGUUGGUCGUCGGAGCUGCAUUGGUGAGCACCUGGCUAAGAUGGAGUUGUUGGUCUUCUUCAGUUUCUUCCUCCAUCAGUUUACCUUCAAGAAACCGGACGACUCACCCACACUGUCUCUGAAGGGAAGAGGAGGUCUCACCCACUCGCCCAAGGAAUUUAAAAUCUGUGCCAUAAAGCGCGAUUAAGGUUACACAACAUUAUGCAGUCCCUAUAGAUUGACCUGAAAUCCGGGUUCUAUUUUGGCUCAACCCUUUUCCGGGUUAAAAAAAAAAAUUCUUCUGGGUCAAAAUGACAAUGUUCCAGGUUAUUUUGAAGCGGAAACCUUGGCAAAAAGUGUCAUUUUGACCUGGAAAAGUAUCGUUUUUGAUCCGGAAAAGGCUUAGGCCAUUUCAGAACUCGGACCCUUGGUCAAUCUGACCAGCAGGAACAUUUUAGAGUGUACAGGGAGAUGCCGUCGGUUCCACUAUACUCUCCUAAGUCUCCUUUCUUCCUAUUUCCAAUUAAUUUUGUCUGCUAAUUACCGUAACUUUCAAAAGUUAUACCUGGAUCUUGCGAAGUUACCCAGAAAAUUUUUAAUUCUUUUAAUAACUGUACUACCUUCCAAGCACGUUGGUCCUUUUCUUCGCCACUUCAUUCUAAAAACUAACAGAACCGGCACAUCUUACUGUAGAGUUUAGUGUCAAGUGCUUGUCAGUAAAGUUAUGACAUGACUAAAUGACAUGGACUGUUACAUAGGCCUAUAGAACAAUCAACCAAUGUGUCGACUUUGGUCUUUUCAAGAGGUUCUCUAAACACAUUGGAACAGUUGGCUUGUAUAGACCCAUACAGUAAUGUUUCCAUACUGGAACAUUUGGAAUGUCCUACAAAGAACAAUCUAUAGGUUCGAUGUAUAAUUGGAUGUUUUACUUUCAAAUUCGCUCCUUAAAACUGUGAUCACAUUAAAUAAGAAGCACUCAAAGCUGCAGAGCUUAGGUUGUAUAAUGUACAUCAUCACACCUAGUUUUCUAGACUGUGCGCCUGUAUGAUUUAAAUACAACGGUGAUGGUUUCAUUUAAGAAUUGAAUAUUUUUAACCAUUUUGAUAGCUUUUUUAAACCAUUGCUAAAUAUAUAUAAAUAAAUUGUCAAAAGAAUAAGGCACGAAUAGUAAUUCUUAGGAAAGACACUUGAAUGAUUAAAUCAUUUUUUUGGAAAGAAACUUUGAUGUACAUAAACAGUUUGACAAUUGAGUAAAUGAAUGUGGAUUUCUUUGACCCAGACCUUGGAAAUGUGAUAAGUAAAUAAUAAACAAUCUAAACACCGCAUUUUGACAACCUC